GUUAAAUCCCCCCACCCGGCUGCCGCUGCACCUGCACCCCGCCCCGGCGCAGCACCAUGCCCGUCUCUCGCCUCUGCGCGCUGGCCGCCGCCCUCCUCCUUGGACUGCUGCUGCUGGGCCUCCCUCCGGCUACAGGCGCGGGGGAGAGGGCGGGCGUGUGCCCGCAGCUGCCGGCGGACGUGAACUGCACCAAGGAGUGCCUCUCGGACAGCGACUGCGCCGACUACCGCAAGUGCUGCCAGGCCGGCUGCGGCAGCGUGUGCUCCAUUCCCAACGGUGACCCCGCGGCGACCCGGCGGGGACGGGCGGGGCCGCGGAGGAUGCGGGUGGCGGAGCGCCGCGUUCUGGGAAGGAGGGCGUCCCUGCCCCCGGGGACCCCGGAAGAGAAGCCAGGUUCCUGCCCCAAUGUGGACUUACCCCAGCUUGGCAUCUGCCAGGACCAGUGCCAGGAGGACAGCCAGUGUACUGGCCCCAUGAAAUGCUGCCGCAAUGGCUGCGGAAAGGUGUCCUGUGUCACACCUGACCCCUGAGCUCCAGCCACCACCAGCCUGAGGAGUGGGGAGGGGAAGCUUCUGCCUAGACACACAUCCGGCCCCCUCAUGGCCACCCUCCCUUCUUGGUAGCCUCUGCACUCCUUCCUGGGCUGACCAUGGCUUCUCCCUUCUCCCGCCAAUAAAGUGACUGCUUUCAGCA